AUGAUUUUUCUUGCGGUUACCUAUAAAGCAUUUAUUCAAUCUCCGCUCUAUCACUUUGGAGUAUCAUAUGACAUCAAUCUCGAAAUGCAAAUAAUUAUAGGUGGACUUGGACCAGAGAGACUACCAUUUUUGCCUGAUUCUCCUUGCAAUAAGAUUUUGGAUACUGAGGUAGAGGAAGAACCAUGUGGUCUGAAAAAAUGGUCCCAACCAAAAUCACAUGACAUGAAAACCGUGACAAAUUUGUCACGAUCAGACAAUGUAUCUUCUGUAGUAUCUGAAUUAGAGCGAGAUAAUGAAAUUGAUGAGGUUGAUACCAGUCAAAUCGUAGAACAAGGUCUAAUGCAAGAAUUGUCUCAGAAUACCCCCGACAUUGAAAUUAAUAAAUCUUAUAUUCAAAACUUGGAUAACUUGACCUCAGCACAAAGUUUAUCAUAUUUGUUUGAUAAAGCGGUUGUAAAGAGUCAAGAAGAAAUUUUACGCUGGUAUUAUUAUUCCCUUGAGUUUGAAAAUAGAGUUAAAAUACCACCUACCUCUAAACCCAAGGAGGAUUUACUGGAAACCAAGAAGACCUUAUCUGAAAAACAAAAUAAUCCAGUUCACACCCAUGCUAAUUUUCGCAACAAAACAUUGGAGCAAUAUCCCAACUUAUAUUAUGAAUAUAGGAGCAAAAAAAAUAUUGAUUAUUAUGGGGUUAAUGCUGAAUUGCCAUGUCCAAUAUGCAAGUUAAAUCACAAGAAUGAGGAUGGUAUAAAUGGAGAAUAUAAAGAUGGAUCUUAUUAUAUUAAAUGUGAAGCAUCUGGAAUCGGCAUUAUUAUACUAGCUUCGAAAUAA